AUGAAUAUCCGACUCUGUUCGACGGCAGCCCAUCUGUCAACAGGGUCGCCAACGCUCUAUUUCGGCUAUGGCUCAAACCUGUGGCUGGAACAAAUGCGGAAACGCUGUCCUACAUCUGAAUAUAUCGGAAUUGCGCGAUUGCAGGGAUACAAAUGGAUCAUCUAUGACCGAGGUUACGCGAACAUCGUCAAACUGAAUAUUGACGACCAAGCUGCCGAUGAACAUAAUUACAGCCAUGAGGUUUGGGGACUAGUCUAUAGUCUUCAGGCAGCCGACGAGAAAGGCCUGGACGGAAAUGAAGGCGUGCCGAUUGCGUAUCAAAAGGCUUACAUAGAAUGUGAACUUUGGUCUAUUUCGCAACCAAAUGGGGGAGGAGUUUCAGGAUCGUCGUCACAUCCUGACACAUCCCGCCCACCAGUCAAAACGGAUCUCCUCGUCUACAUCAACCAUCAUUUGACUCACGAAUCCGCGCCCAAGGAGGAGUAUAUCUACCGCAUGAAUCAAGGGAUCCAUGAUGCCUUGAAGGAGGGCGUGCCGACGGCAUACGUGCAGCAAGUCAUGAGGAGAUUCAUCCCAGCAAGGGACGAGGCGGACUUCCAACCAGACGUGUUAGCAAAGGCCCAUGAGCAAGGAUCGAAGUUUCGCGACGAGAGAUGA